AUGAAGUCAACUCCCACCCUGCCACCUCCCAUCCUGUCACCUCCCACCCUGCCACCUCCCACCCUGCCACCUCCCAUCCUGUCACCUCCCACCCUGCCACCUCCACCCUGCCACCUCCCAUCCUGUCACCUCCCUCCCUGUCAACUCCCACCCUGCCACCUCCCAUCCUGUCACCUCCCACCCUGCCACCUCCCACCCUGCCACCUCCCAUCCUGUCACCUCCCACCCUGUCACCUCCACCAUGUCACCUCCCACCCUGCCACCUCCCACCCUGCCACCUCCCACCCUGUCAUCUCCCAACCUGUCGCCUCCCACCCUGCCACCUCCCUCCCUGUCACCUCCCUCCCUGCCACCUCCCACCCUGUCACCUCCCACCCUGCCACCUCCCACCCUGCCACCUCCCACCCUGCCAGCUCCCACCCUGUCGCCUCCCACCCUGUCACCUCCCACCCUGUCACCUCCCACCCUGUCACCUCCCACCCUGUCACCUCCCACCCUGCCGCCUCCCACCCUGCCACCUCCCACCCUGUCACCUCCCACCCUGUCACCUCCCACCCUGCCACCUCCCAUCCUGUCACCUCCCAACCUGUCGCCUCCCACCCUGCCACCUCCCUCCCUGUCACCUCCCACCCUGCCACCUCCCAUCCUGUCACCUCCCACCCUGCCACCUCCCACCCUGCCACCUCCCAUCCUGUCACCUCCCACCCUGCCACCUCCACCCUGUCACCUCCCACCCUGCCACCUCCCACCCUGCCACCUCCCACCCUGUCAUCUCCCAACCUGUCGCCUCCCACCCUGCCACCUCCCUCCCUGUCACCUCCCUCCCUGCCACCUCCCAUCCUGUCACCUCCCACCCUGCCACCUCCACCCUGUCACCUCCCACCCUGUCUACUCCCACCCUGCCACCUCCCAUCCUGUCACCUCCCAACCUGUCGCCUCCCACCCUGCCACCUCCCUCCCUGUCACCUCCCUCCCUGCCACCUCCCAUCCUGUCACCUCCCACCCUGCCACCUCCACCCUGUCACCUCCCACCCUGUCUACUCCCACCCUGCCACCUCCCAUCCUGUCACCUCCCAACCUGUCGCCUCCCACCUUGCCACCUCCCUCCCUGUCACCUGUCACCCUGCCACCUCCCACCCUGUCACCUCCCACCCUGUCACCUCCCAACCUGCCACCUCCCACCCUGUCACCUCCCUCCCUGUCACCUCCCACCCUGCCACCUCCCAUCCUGUCACCUCCCACCCUGCCACCUCCCACCCUGUCACCUCCCACCCUGCCACCUCCCUCCCUGUCACCUCCCACCCUGCCACCUCCCACCCUGUCACCUCCCUCCCUGUCACCUCCCACCCUGCCACCUCCACCCUGUCACCUCCCUCCCUGUCACCUCCCACCCUGCCACCUCCCACCCUGUCACCUCCCACCCUGUCACCUCCCACCCUGCCACCUCCCACCCUGUCAUCUCCCAACCUGUCACCGUUAUCAGACCCUUGA